AUGAAGGUAGCUAGCUAGCCAGCCAGGCAGAAGAGAGGGCUGCUGUAGGAUUGCUAUUAAGCUACAGUAAUCAUUAGCUAGCUAACUAAAUACAGUUGAAGUCGGAAGUUUAUAUACACCUUAGCCAAAUACAUUUAAACUCAGUUUUUCACAAUUCCUGACAUUUAAUCCUAGUAAAAAUUCCCUGUCCUAGGUCAGUUAGGAUCACCACUUUAUUUUAAGAAUGUGAAAUGUCAGAAUAAUAGUAGAGAGAAUGAUUGAUUUAUUUCAGCUUUUAUUUCUUUCAUCACAUUCCCAGUGGGUCAGAAGUUUACAUACACUCAAUUAGUAUUUGGGAGCAUUGCCUUUAAAUUGUUUAACUUGGGUCAAACGUUUCGGGUAGCCUUCCACAAGCUUCCCACAAUAAAUUGGGUGAAUUUUGGCCCAUUCCUCCUGACAUAGCUGGUGUAACUGAGUCAGGUUUGUAGGCCUCCUUGCUCGCACACUCUUUUUCAGUUCUGCCCACAAUUUUUCUAUACGAUUGAGGACAGGGCUUUGUGAUGGCCACUCCAAUAUCUUGUCCUUAAGCCAUUUUGCCACAACUUUGGAAGUAUACUUGGGGUCAUUGUCCAUUUUGAAGACCCAUUUGCGACCAAGCUUUAACUUCCUGACUGAUGUCUUGAGAUGUUGCUUCAAUAUAUCCACAUAAUUUUCCUUCCUCAUUAUGCCAUCUAUUUUGUGAAGUGCACCAGUCCCUCCUGCAGCAAAGUACCCCCACAGCAUGAUGCUGCCACCCGUGCUUCACGGUUGGGAUGGUGUUCUUCGGCUUGCACGCAACCCCCUUUUUCCUCCAAACAUAACGAUGGUCAUUAUGGCCAAACAGUUCUAUUUUUGUUUCAUCAGACCAGAGGACAUUUCUCCAAAAAGUAUGAUCAUUGUCCCCAUGUGCAGUUGCAAACCGUAGUCUGGCUUUUUUUAUGGCGGUUUUGGAGCAGUGGCUUCUUCAUUGCUGAGCGGCCUUUCAGGUUAUGUCGAUAUAGGACUCAUUUUUACUGUGGAUAUAGAUACUUUUGUACCUGUUUCCUCCAGCAUCUUCACAAGGUCCUUUGCUGUUGUUCUGGGAUUGAUUUGCACUUUUCGCACCAAAGUAUGUUCAUCUCUAGGAGACAGAACGCGUCUCCAUCCUGAGCGGUAUGACGGCUGCAUGGUCCCAUGGUGUUUAUACUUGCGUACUAUUGUUUGUACAGAUGAACGUGGUACCUUCAGACUUGUGGAGGUCUACCAUUUUUUUCUGAGGUCUUGGCUGAUUUCUUUUGAUUUUCCCAUGAUGUCAAGCAAAGAGGCACUGAGUUUGAAGGUAGGCCUUGAAAUACAUCCACAGGUACACCUCCAAUUGACUCAAGUGAUGUCAAUUAGCCUAUCAGAAGCUUCUAAAGCCAUGACAUCAUUUCCUGGAAUUUUCCAAGCUGUUUAAAGGCACAGUCAACUUAGUGUAUUUAAACUUCUGACCCACUGGAAUUGUGAUACAGUGAAAUAAUCUGUCUGUAAACAAUUGUUGGUAAAAUUACUUGUGUGAAUGCACAAAGUAGAUGUCCUAACGGACUUGCCUAAACUAUAGUUUGUUAACGAGUUUUAAUGACUCCAACCUAAGUGUAUGUAAACUUCCGACUUCAACUCUACAUGCAGCUUCUCUUCUGUAAUUACUUGAUGGUCAUUUAGAAUACUAAAUAAAGCCUUGUUCACCAAAAUAAUAUCAGAAAUCGAUAGAAUGAUAAAUGCAUCAUCAACAUUCUAGUUGACAUCGAUAACAUUUUGUCUUUCAUUUCUGCUUCUCUCAUGGAGCAAGGACGUUUAGGGACCAGGGAGAUUUCUAAAUGACAUUACUUUGACCAGUUUUAAAGAAAUUAAAAGCUGUGAAAACAAUCCAACAUGUUUCUGAUAGUAUUUCAGUUAAUCUUGGAUAGGUAUUUUGUGGUUGAAAAUGAAAUAUUGUUAGCUUUUAUGUCGCUGAUAGAAAUUGCACGCUUAGGCCACACAACAGGUACCUAAGUGCGUAUUCGCAUUCUCUCAAGAUGCUGAACGAAAUAAAUCACGUUUCUCCACUCCUGUUCCCGGAGUAAAUUUGGUCUAUAAUUUUACUGCGAGGAACAAUUAAUUCUGCAUGAGUUAAUAUUAUAAUAAGCUAUAUGUGAGGCCUACAGUCAGUGUCCAGACUUCAGUUACUAUUCCAAAUAUUAGGCUACUCCACUCUAAAAUCAUUCCGGCAUCCAUACAGUGCCAUUUGAUAAGUGCAAAGAGACAUCACUUACAAAACACUAAAAAGUGUUAUGAAUGACAUUUGGUGUUUUAGAAUAAGGCUGUAAUGUAACAAAAUGUGGAAAAUGUCAUGGGGUCUGAAUAUUUUCCGAAUGCACUGUAUACAUAGCUAGGUACUAGUAAAGGGAAUCCUAGUCUUCACCCAGUAGCUCAGAUUGUCACUGGUCAUUUCCCCUUUCUUACAUGCAUUUAAUACUCUCUGUGUAUCCGGUUAAAGGCCUAGUGGAAUGUAAAUGUAUGUAAGAAGAAAUUGAAGUUGUCAAAGCCAAUUAUUGUUAUUAAAUGCCUUAUUCUUAUAAUAUAUUGUAAUUCCAGUUCAAUUUUGAUGACAAUAUCCCUGAAGUGAAUGUUAUGGUUAUGAUAGCAUGAUGUAACUUGCACUUUGUUUUCAGGUUUGAAUGAGACAAUUUAUUCCCCUAAUCUUAUUAUUUCAAUAAAGUUGUUUUAUUAACAUUAUAUUACUUGUGUAGUUCUUUCCUUAUCAAAUGUAAAACUAAAUGCCAUUUGUAAUAUGUUUUGGUGCAUAUGUGUUUAAUAUACUAUCCAGAAAAGGUGUCUGAUCACAGAACGUUCCAUAGAAUUCUAGAAGAAUACCACCAGUCACUAAAACGUCUGUAACUCAUUCACAGUAAAAUGUAUUACUAUUCUGAUUUCUGAUUAUCAAUCAUUACAAAAUAAGGAAGACUCAAUAUGCUCUGUUUUUCUCCAUCUUGUUUGGAAAAAAGUGUAUAAGAUAGACAUUUUCACAGGUGUUUUUUCUUAACCCCCUAAGGUCGAUGUCCACGUCCCCGCGGAAAUUUAAUUAGCAUAAUACACAAAUCCCCAUAAAAAUCUGUCAGCAUCCGCCUAUGUCGCACUUCCACAUCUGCGGUGAAAAGUGACAUAGCUAGAGCAGUGUUUGUCAGACCCCCCCCCCCCCCCCCCCCCCCCCCCCCAUGGGUUAACUGAUUACCAUUUGAUUGUGGUACUAUUUAUUGCAUGUCGCAUCAUUUGAAAGGGCUGUUUCUCAUCUUUAAAAAAAUGUAAUGUUUUCAUAUAUGGUUUGACCCCAGCAAAGUAUGCUCAUUAAUGUACGCCAAUAUGGUGAUUUACAGUUACAGUUGGUGUUCUAAAGCCUAGUGUUUUUCCAUAACGAGAGAGGACAGAGUUUUGUUGAGAACGGAAUGUGUACUUUUAAAUAACAUUCUUAGAACAUUCUCUGAACGUUACUAAAGUUUUCUUGUGUUUUCUUAACGUUUUUGGAACAAUUUGAGAACAUUACUUUAAAUAGAACCAUGAGGAAACCUGCAGAAAACGUUAUGCUGAAGUACUGAAAUUCCCACAGAAGAACGUUGUUUCUUAACGUUCUCUGAACUAUUCUAGAACAUGACAAAAAAAUUAUAAAUGGAACCAUGUUUGAACUUUUAGGAUACCAAGAAAAUAAUUGUAUUUUUGUCUAGUUCCUUAUAUGUGCUGAGAAUGUUCCAAAGCCAAGCAACUAUCCUGCACCAAUCCCAGAAAGUAGUGGGAAGGUUGUAUGCAAAAUAACCAUAGGACAACCACGCUCUCGUCAAGCUCUAAGAAACAUAUGGUUCUCAGAAUGUUAUGUGCUUGCUGGGAUGUCUCAACCUCAACUAAUCUUCAUUCUCCUGUCCCAGCACUCCCCCCUGGUAUGUGGAUGAAAGAAGGAGAGGAUGAGAAGAAGACUAAUCAUAUCUGAUAUUUAUUAAACCCCCCCCCCUCCUUUAUUAGGGGCUGUAGACUGUAAGGUAUUUUAAUGACACAUUCAUCAAACUGUGUGUAAAUACAACCAAUGGCAUUCCCCAUAAACUUAACAAAUCACACAGUGUGUAUAAUAAUAAUAUAAUAUGCCAUUUAGCAGACGCUUUUAUCCAAAGCGACUUACAGUCAUGUGUGCAUACAUUUUUACGUAUGGGUUUACUGUACAUGUGCACGGUGGCGCUGUGUGUGUGUGUGUGUGUGUGUGUGAAUGUGUGAAGUGAGCAGAGGAUAAAGAGAGGAAGGGUGCAGCCAACUAUGCAGUGGUAGAGGGCACGUGUCUGUGUGUGUGUGUAUGACAUUGCAGAGCGUGUGGCUGUCUGUUGCCUACUUCACUGCAAAGAGGGAAAACAGGACCCUGUCUUUAGUAAAUGGAGGUUUCUGGGUUCAACAAUGUGAAUCUGGGAUUAUAAGAGCUUUCAUGGCCCUUUUGUGUUUCUGUUUAUAUUUUGGUUGGUUUAGUCUGCAGACUACUGUUUGUUUGUGUUGUCCUGUGUUCUCUGUCCUUUGUUCCAGAACAACAAGGACUGAACUGGGAAAAGUGUGUGUGUGUGUGUGUGUGUGUGUGUAUGUAUAUUUUAGUUCCAUAGAAACAGCCUCUUACCAGACUCUUACACAGUGGCUUGUUGACGGGUAACCUCAAAUGUUAUGAGGGUACAGAUCAUUUGGAGUCCAUUACGAGUAUCCUGAAUAUUUAUCAGAAAUGCCAGGAAUGUUCUAAUGUGAAAGGAACAGGUCAGAUGUGAGUUGGUUUAAACGAUAUGACCUUAAUAUUUGACAUUGGGAAUAAAGAGAGGGACAAGAACAAAAAGAGGGACAGUGAGCCAACUACUGCUAAAGGGCCGGGAUCAGGAUGGGUGUUCCCUGGGAUCAGAAUAGGCAUUCCCUGCGCGGAGAGCAGACCUGCGUUCAAAUACUAUUUUAAGUAUUUCAAUUACUUUCACAUUUCGAUGUAAAUAUUUGGACAGUAGUUGAAUAUUGGAAUGUAUUUGGAAAUGCAUUUGGAAAGUAUUGGCAUGUAUUUGAAAAUACUCAUACACAAAUACAGUUCAAAUACAAAUAUUUAAAUGCUCCAUGCGUUUGAACCCAGGUCUGUUUGGUCCUAGGGGUAUUUAUAAUGUAUUUGGAAACAUUUGAAAAUAGUUUCAAAUAGCCUACAUUUAUAGGACAUUAUUUGAAAAUACUUUCAAAUACUUCAAAUAGAAGUAGUUGAAUUCGGCCACAUUAUUUGAAAAAAAAUAAGGCUGGAAUUGCGAUGUGACAGAUGAGUCGGUGGGUUAGGUGGGAGUGGGAGGGUGUUCUACUGGAAUGUCCUGACCAGCCAAGUGAAUACUGACUGCUCUCUCUCUCUCUUUCUUUCUCCCUCUCUCUCUCCCCCCUCUCUCUCUCUCCUCAGUGCCAGGGCUGGAGCCGAGAUGACUGUGCUAUAACUGUUACCCCAUUUUACACAUAAAUGACCAAUACCUGUAUUCAAUUUCGAUUUAAUCCAUUAAUUCGAGUUCAUCUCUUCACUUAAAAACACUGUUCUGGUGGUGGAAGCCAAUAGUCAUAAAACACCAUAGAACUGUUAUGAUUAUCAUUCUAGAGCUUAUGAAAACCUACUUAGGAUUUACAGUCGUGUUUACAGUAGAGCCCGACCGAAAUUGGCCUUUUAGCGCUAUAUCGGUAUCGUCCGAUAACUCCGCCGAUAAAUGGAAAAAGGGGAAUCUCAUGCCUAUCUGAACGUUUGCGGCCAUUUUCAUGACGUGUCAUUAUUGUCACAAUGUAUGAAAUCAACAUUUGAAGCGUAGUAAUUUGGAAAAUUGCUCUUUUGGAUGGCAAUUUAUGAGAAUUCAGUGGAAGAAUGACACUUUUUAAUUUCCCUGAUGUAAACGGUAUAUCGGCAGAUAUAUCGGUAUCAGUAGGUUUUGCCCCAAAAAAAGUGGAAUCUGUAUCGGACCCCAAAUAAACAUAUCGGUCGGGCUCUAAUUUAGCGGUGCUCUGAUGUUUGUUUGUGUUUGGGUCUCCCAGGAUGUGAAAGUGAAGAAAGUCAAGUCCAAGAAGGAGAAGAGGGAUAAGAAGAUGUUUUCUUCUCAGGAUGACGAGCACUUCCUACUGACAGGGGUCACACUGGCCGAUCGCAGAGGGUGAGAUGGAUCAUAUACUGUACUAUCAUCAUGACAUAUAACAUAAAGUGCAGGCAUGUUUGCGUAUGCCAUUCUUUUGCUCCCUCUGAAACCUACAGUACAUGACAUAGCCCCAAUACAACUCUUAUUUCCUGAAUUAGCUACAAGGUGCAAUAGGACUGGCCCCAUAGAACAUUUAGUUGGGCUCAGAGGGAGAGGGUGAGAUAAGCACAGUGUGUCUUCCCUCCCUCAGUCAGAUGAAUGUCCUGUCUCCUUUGACCUCUCUGAGAAGGUGAGGCCUACAGUAAGCUCUGCUGGCGCUGCUGCUCUCCCAAAACCACCUAAUCCUGGAUAGAGCCUCCUGAACACAGACAUGCAGACAGACUGAUAGACAUAGAGAGUCAGAUAGAGAGACAGACAGUCUGACAGGGAACAGAGAGACAUCCAAGGUAGAGUGGCAGACUGACACUAGAGGUAGGCACUAGGCAGUGUUCAUGGGAGGAUGGCACAGGGUUGAGUUCGAGCAAUGCUAUACAACAAUGUUAUACAACAUGGGCCUUUCAUGUUAAAUGGGGCUAUUUUCAAUGACUCAUGUAAUGUUAGAUACUAGACAGGGUUGCGUUCACUGGCUCACGUCAACAUCCUGUCUCCCCAGGGUAGUGGAAUGUAUGGAGGGUAACUCAUCAUUCAGUGGCAGAAGUACAAUACCUCUGGGAUCCCUAUACAAUGCCCCUCUCAAUGGGGAACGCACCACACUCCUACUUUAAUGUCCUACCGACGCAGUAGGGGAAGUGAGGGGGAGGGGAAUAAAAUAAGUCUCUAAAGGAGUAGGUGUGGGGGCUUAGGAUGCCCCGUUGUCAUGCAUACUCCUACUGGAUAAGCAGAGGGGUAAAUAUAAAAUAGGGGUAAAAAACAUAUACUUUACCAUCCCACACCCUCAUGUCCUAGUAUCCUGCAUGUUCUACACUCUUAGAAAAAAGGGUUCCAAAAGGGUUCUUCGGCUGUCCCAAUAGGAGAACCCUUUUUGGUUCCAGGUAGAACACUUUUGGCUUCCAUGUAGAACCCUCUUUGUAAAGGGUUCUACCUGGAACCAAAAAGGGUUCUCCUAUGGGGACAGCCAAAGAAUCCUUUUAGGUUCUAGAUAGCACCUUUUUUCUAAUAGUGUAUUUAGGAUGUGGGUAGGGGAGUACCCAUGCGUACAUGUACACAACUACAUUGGACAUCAAGGAACAAUGAUUUUAGUAUGUUCUUACUGCUUUUUGUACUCAUAGUCCUCUUCAUCCCCUCUCUGUCUGUCUUUGAUCAAGGUCCCACAAGAAGAACAAGGAGGAAGGGAAGGAGAAGAAUAAGCCAAUCACAGAGAAGGGCCACUGCUUCUGGGACAGCGUCACCAUGACGAUGAGGCAGAUCACGCCCACCAGGAAACUGGACAAGAUGGAGGGCUGGGAGCCACCGCAGUUGGCCGACCCAACCGAGACACCCACCGACGAGGCAAUGGAGGCUCAGAGUGGGACCAGGGACUCGCCUGUGUCCUUCCCCCAGGCUCUGGGGCUCCCGCUGGGUCUGCCCUCCUGGGCAGGUUUGGGUCUAGAGGAAGACUCGUCGCACUACGCCAACCUGUCAGAAUCACGGGAUUCCACGGCUGUCAGGUGGACGGCCCUCGCCAAAGGCAAGCUGGCCGGAAUCAGGAGGCGGAGCCGAGGGAACGUGUCGGAGACAUGGGAGGGGUUUAAAUAA